AUGCCUCCCUCCGCGACACCCACCUCCGCCACCCUCGUAGCGAGACUCGCAGCGUACAAAGGCUUCAAUACUCUUGCUACCGUUCGAUUCGUCUCCGGUUUGUGCCUCGGUCGUAGUCCGUUGAACGGGAAUGCUGUCCUGGUUGGCAUCAUCGCGAGGCUUGCGUUGUGGCCAAGCGCAUAUAGGUGGAUAUUUCACCCUCGCCCGGAAGAAACACGCGACCCCUUCGACUUGAAAGCCAAUCUACUCCUGUUCAUGGUGUUUUUAUUCGAUUUUGAUUGCAGUCCGCUUGAAAUAUCGCUAAUCCGUUUGAUUCGGGAGUCUCACAUCUGUUUUAUACUGGGAGCACUUCUCAAAAUGCUGCUUUACGAGUCCUUAGACUACGACAAUCUCAGGCCAAAGCAAGGCUCAUUUGCGCCUAUAGCUACAACGUUCAAGUUGGUAACUAUGUUUGCGCUUGAUUUGCUUGCAGACAUCUGCAGAACUUCCAGGCGAAUGCAAUGUGACACGCAGGAUCAGGUUCAGUGUGAUCCUCUCACAUGCAUGGCCAUGACCGGUGCCGCUAUACCCAUUGACGGCACACAAGAAGGGGAGCUCGAAUUUCCUUGUCAAUAUCGGCAUGCUCUAGACGAAGUUAUGAUCGACGGAUUUGUUUCCUCCCUUCUGGCCCCGUAUCCGCUCUCUCAAGCUCCCAGCUUGUACUUUGACAUGUCUCCGAGUCUCAAUGGCGAAUCCGACAUCGAUGUUCCUGUGGCUCUAGAUAAUCUCCGCCACAAUCUCAGCCGAAGGAGCGAAGCUCACAACAAAACUAAAAUCUUUGAUAGCGCAUACAGCGGAACGCCUUCGUAUCCUGAGAAGGCCCGCUCACAUUUCGAAGGUAUCGCGUUUGAAACCUACUCCAGCUCUACUGCGCCGUCGACGGCCUCUGGCACACCCGUCCCACCGCCAUAUCCUCCUGGCGCUUCCAGUGAUCAUGACAUUGAGCUACCUGCAGUAGAUGACCCCUCAUCUGUAACCGAAACGUCUGGAUAUGGGACAACGAUGUACCCUCCUGGCGCUUUCGUUUCUGCAUCCGCCAACUAUCUACCAGCAAUAGCAACGGAGCCGCUACCUGAAGAGGACCACACUGGGCUAUCGCUCUACCCUCCUGGCGCUUUCUCCUCUUCCGACUGUACUGAUUUACCAACGACAGUAACCGAGGCAUAUCCCGAGGGGGACGAGACCGGAUCAGCGUUACAUCCUCCUGGAGCAUUUAAUUCCUCCGAUACGAUUGACCGAUCCCCCGCAAAUACUGGGCUACAGGAAGAUGAAACUGAAUCUCGCGACGAAUCGGUUGAAGCGGGGGAUUCUAGUUAUGAUGGAGACGGAAGUCUAAGCGAUUCAGACCCACAUCCCUCACUGGAUGAAGGGGAAGAGCCCUUUGCCUGCGAAAUUCAUGGAAUACCAAGCCUGUCAAGGAUGCUCGAGCAAGGACAGGUCGCGUCUCGGGCGCCAUAUAUGGAAGUUCAAGACGGCUAUCUUGCUAAUUCUGUCCAGCAUGAUCCAAGCCCGAUGAUGGCUGAGGCGGCCCGCCUGGAAGAAAUGUAUGAUUAUAUCCGAUGCCUGCUUACCAUAGAGCCAGACAACGACAUUCUUGAGGAUGGCACAAUGCCUGCCUCGUCGACUUCUCGCGCCCUUCCGGAUUUCGUGAUAUAUACUGAACUGUACCAACCUACGUCGGAGCCUUCGAUCGUUCCUAGAGUUCUGGCCGGAUCUGAUGAGGGGGCGCGCCCAGGACGAGACUAUCAGAGAAACGAUAACAACGACGACGGUGUGGAUCGCAGCACCAUCCCAAUUGUCGACAAACCGAGAUUAACCCACGCCAACGAGGUUGACACGGUAAAAGAUGGUUCCCACAACAUACACAAUGGAUCUCCUUCUGUGGACUGUUCGACAGACGCAAUGCAACCUAUCACAACGUCCACAUGGGCUCAGGACGCUUCGCCACCUUCUCAGGGCGCUAUUUCUACGCCAGAAUAUGAUCCUCUGACGAAUAAAGACACACUCGAGAUUUCCACGACCACUCGAACCCCACAGCAUGUCGAGGAAUAUUGUACCAGUGGCAGCCUUAGCCUUCAUGAUCUCAUGGCCUCAGUUCACGAAUCUCAUACUAGGGCGCGCACAACUUCUUCGGAAGCUGACUACGCUGUCACCAACAAACUAGCCUCAUCGACGUCUAUCGCAGACCCUUCUCCUUGGGGAACAGCACCAGCUACGAGGGGUGUCCGCCGCCUGACCGUGACUAGCCCACGAGUACUCUUAAGAAGGGGCGCAAGUUGCCAUGAUUUACACCGUAGUCCUAGUAAAGGGCUUUGUAGCAUUGCAAACGAACACAGCGAUCCAAGCCCAAAACACUCGAUCAUCGGACACCAAGGUCUCCUGCGGGCCCUAUCCACCCCCUUUUUAAACGGUAGACGAGAAGACGGACAUGAGGAUAGGCAAUGA